AUGGCGUCGCCGCUCAAGCGCUCCGAGAGCGUCGAGAACGCGGGACUUCUCUCUCCUGCGCGCAAGAGCUUUGCGAGCAAGAUUCCUCGGCGCAAAGAAGCGCUCGCGGCCGCCAAGCAGCUCGCGGCCAGCGACAACCAAGCCGAUGAGCUCGUUGACGAACCCACCAGCGACAGUACUAGCGCCAACAUCAUCAUCAACAACAACGACAACGGGCCGAGAAAGGUCGACCGCCACCAAGUGUUCAUCAAGGAGCUUGAAGAGAAGAAGCGCAAAGAGAAGGAGGCUGAGGCAGCCGAGGCCGAUAGGCAGCGAAAGCUCCGGCUCAAGCUGCGCAAGAGCAUUCUGCAGCGCGCCGCCGCGGUGCGCGCCGUCGAGCCGUCGCCCAAGGAAGAAACACCGGAAGAGACGCCACCGCCACCAACCGAAGAGACGGCGGAGGACAAGAAGGCGCGGAAUGGCGCCCAGAAAAAGCUCUUGCUCAAGCAGCAAGCCGUCUUGGAGGCUCUGCAAGCCAAGAAGCGGAAAGAGCAAGUGGACGAAGAGGCCGAGCGCCAAAAGUCGACCAAGAAGAAGGAGGCGGCGCGCAAGGCGGCUUUGGGCACGCAGGAGGUAUCGAGUCGCAUGCAAGACGCGCUCGAGAAGUUCAACUCGUCCGUGGCGCUGGCCGCGGCCGGGAGUGCCGUCGCAGCGGUCCGGCUCAAGAAGGACAAGGACGACGAGCCCAAAGACGUCGUGACGCCCGAAGAAAAGGAGCGACGCGCGCAGCAGCAGGAAGCCAUCAAGAAGAAACAAGUCGAAUACUUGAGCAAGCUCGCGGAAGAGCGCAAGCAAAAGCAGCUCGACGACGAAGAGAAGAAGGAGCUGCUCGAGAAGAAGCGGCAAAAGGUGCGCGAGGAAGCGCUGCAGCGGCACGAAGCGGCAAAGUUGGCGGCCGCGGAGAAAGCUGCGGCGGCACCACCCGCCGUCGCCGAGCCCGAGGUCGAAGAGAAGCCCAAGGUCAACGUCGAAGCGAUGGUGUCGCGAUUGAGCAAGCUCAAGCCCACCGAAGCGCAGCUCGUGCCGGAAGCCAAGGACUUUGCGUCGUGGAAGAAGCGCAACGGCGUGUCACCCGACACCAAGGUGUUUUGCCUCACGGGGUGGUAUCCUGUCAUCAAAGAGACACUCGAAGGCCGCGGGUGGUUCCACAACGUGGACCGCAACAGUCCAUAUUUCGACCUCAAGUGGGCGCUCAAGUCCGAUGACCUCAAGAACGUCAAGCUCAACGAAGACCAGCUCGUGAACCACUUCAUGCAAAACACCGCGAUCACAACCAAAGUGGGCUUGCUCCACAACCUCCGCAACAUCACGUGGUUUCUCAGCGAAGACAUCGACUCGUUCUUCCCGCGCGCCUACGACCUCAACGAACCGUCCGACAUGCAAGCCUACAUCCAAGACUACCGCUACAUCCACGCGGAAGGCAUGCUCAAGCGGCUCCACGCCACCUACAAAUCGUCGCCAGCACCCGUGAACCUUGGUGUCCUCGACGUGCUUCUUGCGGUCUGCCGAAAACGCACCGAGAUCCUUCCCGAUGAUGUCUUGGACAAUGCAGAGGCCUGCGGUAUCGAGCCCGUGGUCACGGACCUGCAGUGGGAGGUGCUCACGCGCUGCUCGCCGACGUCGCCAAGUACGAUUCGUGCGUCGUUCCAGUUUGUCAAGCCCGCUGUUGUGCACGACCCAAACGCGCCCGCAACCGAAAUGACCCCCAGCGAGCAGCGCGAGGACGCUCGGCUCGCCAAGAAACAAGAGAAAUACCUCGGUGCGGCGCAUGCACCGAGUCCGUCGGCGCUGAUGCCUCGCGUAGAGGCGGCGUUUGUCAAGGAGAAAUCGCGCCUCAACGCGCUCUUGGGCCAAGUGGAGGUGUUGCCGCCCGAGACCGUCGCCGCCGUGCAGUUCCUCUACGACGAACUCGCAUCGCUUUGCCCGCAGUUUCACUUGAACGGCGCCGACUGCAAGAACGUGUGGAUUGUCAAACCUGCGGGUAUGUCGCGGGGCCGAGGCAUUCGCGUCUUCAACCAGCUCCACGAGCUGCUUGCGUACGCCGACGUCGAGAACCACAAGGAGUGUCAAUGGAUCGUCCAAAAGUACAUUGAGAACCCGCUUUUGGUGUGCAACCGCAAAUUUGACAUUCGCCAGUGGGUCUUUGUGACAUCGUGGAACCCGCUCACGGUGUGGUUCUACAUGGAUUGCUACCUUCGGUUCAGCUCGGAAGAGUACCAAGUCGACGACCUCAGCGACCAAUAUGUGCACUUGACCAACAACUCGAUUCAAAAGUUCGGUGACAACUUUUACAAGGCGUACUCGACCGAAGACGGCUCGAUGACGGUCGAAGGCAACAUGUGGCACUCGGACGACUUGCAAGCGUACUUGACCAAGCGGUAUGGCUUCGACGCCGCGACGGGCCAAAGCAUUUGGCUCGCCCACAUCCAGCCGCGCAUGAAGCAGAUCGUGUCGUGGUCGCUUCAGUGCGUGCAAGACACGGUGCACCACCGCAAGAACUCGUGCGAGCUGUACGGCUACGACUUUAUGAUCGACGACCAGUUCAAGCCAUGGCUCAUCGAGGUCAACAGCAGCCCCGCGUGCGACUACAGUACGCCGAUCACCAAGCGGUACGUCGAGACAGGCCUCCAAGACAUCCUCAAGGUCAUGCUCGACGUGCGCGAGUACGAUAUGGCCAAGCGCCGCAACAGCCAAACCAAGAUGCCCAAGCCCGACACGGGGCGCUGGGAAAACAUUGUGAAAGCCGAGUUCAUUGCCAAGCCGCUUUCGUCGUUCGGCGGCUCGGACUUUGAAGUGCGCGGGAAGAAGCUCUCGAAGAAGAGCCAGCGGGCGAUCAACCAAGCAUGCUUAGCCCGCGCGCCGGCGGCCGGUGAGCCAAUGCCUACCGAAGAGACAGCAGCACCCGAAAGUGGCGACCCCGCAACUACGGAUGAUCCGGACGACGCUGUGGACGAGCCAGCGGAGGACGGACCCGCGAUACCGGACGUGGACGAGCGUAUCGAGUCAGGUCCCAGCCCGCAUGACUUGCCACCCGAGUUGGACGAGCUUCUAUAGAAGACCAUCGUACCUUCACGUAGACGAGCCUCGAGCCUGGUUGUGGUCGCUGUGCAAUGAUGAAUCAAGAGUGUAUUUGAUAUAUAUGUGG